AUGAAUGGGAUUCAAGUGGAUGUUAACCGCCUUAAGAAAGGGGAGGUGAAUCUAGGAACUUCAAUUAUGGCUGUAACCUUCAAGGAUGGCGUGAUAUUAGGUGCAGAUUCACGUACGACAACUGGCGCCUAUAUUGCCAAUCGUGUGACUGAUAAACUAACGAAGGUCCAUGAGAAAAUAUGGUGUUGUAGGUCAGGAUCCGCUGCUGACACGCAAGCCAUUGCGGAUAUCGUUCAAUACCACCUGGAACUAUAUGAUUCACAAUAUGGAGAGCCUUCAACGAAGACCGCUGCAUCUGUAUUUAAGGAAUUAUGCUACGAGAACAAGGACAAUUUGACGGCAGGUAUCAUUGUUGCCGGUUACGAUAAGAAGAAUAAGGGAGAGGUGUUCAGUAUACCUCUCGGCGGAUCAAUGCAUAAGCAAUCCUACGCCAUUGCAGGCUCGGGUUCUACAUUCAUAUAUGGGUUUUGUGACAAAAAUUUCAAGGAGAAUAUGACAAAGGAAGAAACGAUAAAUUUCAUAAAACAUUCCCUUUCCCAAGCAAUUAAAUGGGAUGGAUCCUCAGGUGGUGUCAUUCGAAUGGUUGUCUUGACUGAGGAAGGCACUGAACGCUUGAUUUUUUAUCCUGAGGACUACGAAACAUUGUAG